CGCCACAACAUCAUCUACUUUCCCCCGAGAAGCGAGAAUGAUUUCCCAUACGACAUUAUAUUCCCUUGCGAACAGUCUCGGCGUUCUUGCCAUGAUCACUGUGGUGGGCUACCACUUUGUUGCAGUGAACGCGAAGCUGCUCUCGAAAGAUUCCAAGUCCUAGAGAUGCUCAACAGUUAUCAUUUCUAUUCGCCGGUCUGAAUGGGAAAAAUCGACCUGAACGUCAAUUGCGCCACCUGCUUUUCUUCGUAGUUGCUUGUGCUAUUCAAAUGAGAUGAAAUACAGUCCCGCAUUAUUCAAGUUGUUACAAAGUGUCCUCUCAGGUUUCCAAGUAUUCUACCAGUGUGGUGGUCUACUAUACACACCCUAUCGCGA